CAUUGCCAAAAUAUUAUGGAGAAGAACUUUCAAGAAGAAGAGUUUGCGCAAGUUAUUAAAUUUACACCUCCUCUGUACAAACAACGCUACCAGUUCGUCAAAGAUUUAGUGGAGAAAUACAAACCUAAGAAGGUGGCAGAUUUAGGAUGUGCUGAUUGCAGGCUUCUCUGGAUGCUGAAAUUCUGCAGUUGCAUUGAAGUGUUAGCUGGGCUAGAUAUCUCUGCAAGUGUAAUGGAAGAGAAAAUGCAUACAUUGUCUCCUCUUCCUUUUGAUUAUUUGCAACCAUCUGAAAGAUCCCUAACUGUUACCUUGCAUCAUGGUUCAGUGGCCCAUAAAGAUCCUUGCAUGCUUGGUUUUGACUUGGUGACAUGUAUUGAACUAAUAGAACACCUGGAAGAAUCGGAGCUGAAGAAAUUUCCUGAAGUGGUGUUUGGUUUCAUGGCUCCAAGCAUGGUUGUGAUCAGUACUCCAAAUUCUGAAUUUAACCCUUUGCUUCCAGGAGUGGUGUUAUAUAGGCAUCCAGAUCACAAAUUUGAGUGGAACCAAGCGCAAUUUCAAAGCUGGGCUCUGGAGGCUGCUAAAUGCUAUGAUUACUCCGUGGAAUUUACUGGUGUAGGGCACCCACCAAAAGGAAUGGAGAAUGUUGGGUUUUGUACCCAAAUAGGUGUGUUUGUUAGAAAAUAUCCUCAAACUGGUGGAUCUGUUCAGUAUGAGAAACCCACUGAAGCAGUUUACAAAACUGUCUUCAAAGCAGUGUAUCCAAGUCUGAAAGAUGAGAAGUACUUGCAGAAUGCAGUUGUCAGUGAAGUUAUUUUCACAGCCCAAAACAUUAAGCACCAUUUAAUGUCAAAACAUGAGGAGUAUGAUGAUGAUCCUGAAAGAAAAUCUGAAUUCCAGCCUUCAGUGGACUGUUUUUCAGACUAUCUUGGAAAACUGGUUGUUGAUAAAACCAUGGAACCAUUUGUCAAUGGAAAUGAGGUCUGUAUACCUCUUGCAGCAAUCUUUUCUUUUCCCAAAGUGAAUCAACUGUGUGGUACCUUUGAGAAGUUAUGCAAACUCAUUGCUGGCAAGGUCACACUGAGCAGUGAUGGUUCUGCUGUGGUUUUCAAUACUGAACAUGAAACUGAGGAGGAUUAGAUCACAGAUUUCUUAUACAAAGUUCAGUUGAAGUAAUUAAAGUAGUUUUUUAGUAGCUGUCAAAUGGUGUGUGCUGUAUGCUAACCAGAACACACAAUCUUUUCUAAACCUCCCCUCAGUGGUCAGCACCUCUCCUAUGGAGUGAAGACAAAAACAGCAGUAACUCACAAGGGUUUCAUGUAGACUGUCAGAGGGUAAAAGGAAAUAAUUAAUUCCCAUGAAGAAAAUGAGGUAUUUCUGUUUGCUUUCUAUUACUUUAUUGUAGCUAUCAUUACUAGAUUAUUUUUAGUAAUCUCUUGUUAGCUCCCAGAGUAGUUGAUGAUAACACAAAUUAUGUUGUUGUGCUGAAUAAUGUGACUCAAACAUUGGAUUAAGGCAAGUUUUUUCUUACUAGAAUGAAAUUUAUAGAUGCUUUCUUCAAGAUGAGCACAUCCUCAGCCUUGAUGAAAACCAAAUGUUGUUCCAGAUGAAUACAAAUAUGAAAGUGGUAUUGUUGACUGUUCUGUUU